CUACAUUUUCCAGAACGCAUCAUUGUCAUCGCAAGCGGUUGUUGUCAAACACGGGAAAGCCAGCAGUGAGAGUGACGGGUGUCAUCAUGCAGCCGUUAGUCGACAUUCUGAAAGGGUUUGGGGUCAAGGCAAGUGGAUGGUCUGUGUCUGUGUGCCUUUUUCUGCUGUUCUUCAGCCUCCUUUACUGGUACUCCGUCUCCCCUUUCUCUGUCUUGGAGCGAUGUGGCAUCAAGCACCCAAAGCCCUCACCAUUUUUCGGGAACCUCAUGAUGUUUCGAGACGGUUUCCUUAAGCCACAAUCUGACCUAAUAAAGAAAUAUGGACGCAUUUGUGGUUAUUAUAUAGGCCGGCGGCCUAUAGUAAUCAUAGCAGACCCAGAUAUGCUCAGACAGGUGAUGGUGAAGGAAUUCAAUAAAUUUCCCAACAGAAUGACUGUCAGGGGCAUGACUAAACCCAUGAGCGACAGUCUGAUCAUGCUGAAGGGCGAACAGUGGAAACGAGUGCGCAGCAUCCUCACACCGACCUUCAGUGCUGCCAAGAUGAAAGAGAUGGUUCCCCUCAUCAACAUGGCCACAGAGACAUUACUGAGAAACCUGAAGAGCCACGCUGAGUCCAGGAACAGCGUUAACAUUCACAAGUGUUUCGGCUGCUUCACGAUGGAUGUAAUUGCCAGUGUGGCGUUUGGUACGCAGGUGGACUCUCAGAACAAUCCGGAUGAUCCUUUUGUGAACCACGCCUCCAAGUUCUUCGCUUUCACCUUCUUCAAGCCCAUCAUGAUAUUCUUUAUGGCUUUUCCAUUUCUGCUUAAGCCUCUUGCUGGUCUCCUUCCCAAUAAAUCAAGAGAUGAGAUGAACAGCUUUUUUAUCAAAUGUAUUCAAAAGAUGAUUAAACAGAGAGAUGAUCUUCCCCCGGAACAGCGGAGGCGAGACUUUCUGCAGCUGAUGCUGGACGUCAGGACCGGCAACAAGUAUAUGUCUUUGGAGCACUUUGAUGUGGUCAAUGACGCAGAUGAACAGGCUUGCACCGACGAAAAUGGGCAGGAAAAUGGACCAGGAAACGAGUCCACCAAGCGCGCCCAGCAGAAGAGAAUGAUGACGGAGGAUGAGAUUGUCGGUCAGUCCUUCAUCUUCCUGUUGGCUGGUUAUGAGACGAGCAGCAACACACUAGCGUUCGCCUGCUACCUGUUAGCACUCCAUCCAGAGUGCCAGAAAACUCUCCAAGAGGAAGUGGAUGAAUUCUUCAGCAGACACGAGACUGCAGAUUACACUAAUGUCCAAGAGCUGAAGUAUUUAGACAUGGUUAUAAGCGAGUCUCUCAGACUCUACCCACCUGCGUUCAGAUUUGCACGAGAUGUUGAUCAAGACACUGUGGUGAACGGCCAGCUUCUGCCUAAAGGAUCAUCUCUGGAAAUCGCUGCAGGUUUCCUUCACUAUGACCCAGAGUACUGGACUGAACCUGAGAAAUUCAUCCCGGAGAGGUUCACUCCAGAAGCCAAGGCCAGCCGGCACCCAUUUGUGUAUCUGCCGUUUGGAGCGGGGCCACGCAGCUGUGUGGGCAUGAGAUUGGCCCAGCUGGAGAUUAAAAUGGCUCUGCUUCACAUAUUUAGGAGGUUUAACAUGAUGGCCUGCGAGGACACUGAGGUUCCUCUGGAGUUGAAGUCGCACACCACCCUUGGACCCAAGAAUGGUAUUUUGGUCAAAAUCACCAAGAGGGAGAAUUUUGAGGAUGAAUCCUGAUGGAGUUUUAGUUGUUACUUGGGCAGUUUGAUCUAAUCCAUUCUAAUCAUAUUAUUUAGAAUGGAUCGAUUGCCUAAAAUCUAAAUUCUUAUUCUGGAAUCACCUGACAACUAAAUAAAAUGUAUCUGUGCUACUCAUUUAAAUGAAACUGAAUUCAACACUAUUAAUUUACAACUAAGGCAAAGAUGUACAUAUGAGAAAAGCAUCACACAUACGCACAAGUCCCUCAAAUGUAAAUGCAACUACAGUACAUUAAAGAAAAUCUGUUUGAUGCAAAUGAUUUGAUAGCAGGAACUGGGAUUGGACAUGUCUUGCCUUUACUGCCAGUGACAUGUUUGAGCUCCUGAUGAUUAUGCUGAUUUUAAAUAAUUUAUAUUACAUUAAGCUGCAAUGAA